UUUAUUUAAAGAAAGUUCAAUUAUUAUUUCACUCGUAGUAAGKUCGUACCGGUAGUUCGAGUAAGAGUAUGGAAAUGUGAGUUUUUCUUGUGAAGCUUCGAAAAUAAAGCGUGUCUCGCGCCCCUCUAAAUUAUGACCCCUGCAGUGCCGCAGUGCCCAUGGGUUCGUAUUUCCAUGUGUUAACACAAGUCUUCAAUUUACUCUAGAUACUUCUAAUCGACAAACAAUACGAAGAACUGUGCCUGGGAACGGACUCUACAAUGGGAGGUGACAACGAUAGCGUUAUUUCUUCCAGCAAGGCAAGAAGGAAGCGGCGCAACAAACAGCAACGACAUGAGCAGCGAUUUGCCAAUUACCUCGUCUUUGGUUUCACUUCCACCGUGUGCAUGGGCCUUUUUGCCCUGUGCUAUAUGAUCGUGCUGCUGAUCCUUUGGCCGCUUCUUCAGGCAUCCACGCCCACGGAAAUGCCCGACGAAACCCCUCGGGAUUACAUUCACCACAUGCAUAUGCCACCCUCUCUGAAGGAGAUCGCCAGUGUUCCCGUCAAGGACAAGAUCGGAGAAGUCACCUCCAAGCUGCGGAAAAACCUGGCUAAAUUUCGACAGGGACGGGGUGUUACCGAUGCGAACUUGUUGGACCAAGCCGUGAAAAAGUACGAAUCGAUUGUGAAAGAAAGACAAUCAGAAAAACAGAGAGAAUCGGCACGAGACACCGCAUCGAAGAACAAAAAUGCCGAGAACAGUGCGGUCGUAGCUGGAACGCAUCGCAACGGGUUCGUUGUGUUGGGAAUGCACAGAAGUGGGACCUCUAUGCUGGCCGGAUUGCUGCACAGGUCGGCUGGGUACACGGUGGGUGGCCCUCUCAUUGGAAGUGCGGCCGACAAUGAAAUGGGCUUUUUCGAACGCAUCGACGUCGUUUUGCAAAACGACGAAUUCAUGAACAACCAAAAUAUUUGGUGGGACGCAAACGUAGCCCAUUACGACUGGGAGAAAGCGCUAGAAGACAAGGAAAACGGAAGCAUUACAUUCAAAGAGGGUGCCCGUGGUUUGGCGUUCCUGAACGACCCUGGGAACGCACCAUGGCUGCAAAAAGAUCCACGCAUGUGCAUCACGCUCAAAACGUGGUUGAAACUCAUGAACAACGAGCCUGCUGUAAUGUUCACGUAUAGGCAUCCGGUCGAGGUUGCGAUGUCCAUCAACAAGAGAGACAACUCCAUAGCGGUGGACACUGGGUUGCGGUUAUGGAUUAUCUAUAACAUGAGAGCUAUUCAGAACUCGAGAGGGUUGUGCAUAGUAAGAUCUAGCAACGAUGCUAUCUUAGCAGAUCCAUUGACAGAAGUCCAACGUAUUUCAGACGAAUUGAACACAAAAUGUGGUGUCCCUGCACCAGCUAGGCGCAUCACACAAGAGGAGGUCGAAAAGUUCAUCAACCCGAAGUUACAACACAACAAGAAGAAGAAAAAGGCCAGCAAGAACGUUUUGGAAACGUACAAUGACGGAAAAUGUGUUGUUAAUGCCUGGGAAUCGAAACAUGAGGUGGGAAGCGAAGUGUAUGAGCGAGAGCUUCGUUUGUAUCGCCAAGCAAUGAAAGUAUAUUGUGACUUCCAAUCAGGAGUAGCGUACGAGGAGGAUUACACGUGGCCGGUGCUGAUUUGACAGUACUUUGAGCAUCAAACAUGCAUUACAAUAGUACGCUCCAUUUCUUUUAUUGUGAGAAAUGUGUAGA